CAACUUCAUGCCCUGAACGUCUGCUCCGUCCAAAACCGACCCUCCGACCUAAAAGUCUCGCCCUCCAAUUCCGCAAUUGAAUCCCCGCCACCACGCGCCUUCACACUCGGAGUGACACCUUGGCCCCCCGCCCUUAAAUCUCCUUGUGUCUGCAACGAACCACAAGAAAUCCCUAACCCUCAUCGCAAUGCCCACCCCGGAAUCCGCCGCCUUCCUGGCCAAGAAGCCCACCGUGGCCCCGACCUACGACGGCGUCGACUACGAGGACAACGUCGCGCUGCACAACGCCCGCGACGCCAUCAUCCGCGAGCAGUGGGUCCGCAGCAUGAUGUCGCGGCUGGUCGGCGAGGAGCUGGGCAAGUGCUAUGCGCGCGAGGGCGUCAAUCACCUUGAGAAGUGUGGGGUUUUGAGGGAAAAAUACUUCGAGCUCCUCGGCGAGCGCAAGAUCAAGGGUUAUCUCUUCCAGGAGAAGAACCACUUCUCGCAGGAGAAGUCUGCUUAAAUUUUGCUUCAAUCCUGCGGAAGCUUGGGGAGUGGAAACGGGUGAUAGAAUUGAGUGAAGGAAACGGAACGGAGAGGGAGGGGGGGGGGCUUUUUAUAACCCUGGUGAUGAGCAUCGCGGGGAACAGGGAUGGUGUUUAUACUAUAUCAUCUUUUUGUUUUGUGUCAUGGCUGUACUACAUGUUUGUUCGAAAUUUCUUGACGGUUUCUUUAUUUCCUUUUUCUUGUCUGCUUUAGCUAUACUACCUACCUACCUACCUACCUACCUCCCUAUCUACACACCUACUCACCUGUGCUAUGUUUGUCAUUGGUUUUGGGGUGGAAAAUAUCGAUAUCGGGAUCUUUUCUUUCUCUCAGGCGGCGAGAGGUGAGGUUGGUGGAUGUAGAGGAGAGAAUUUAGAGGAGGUCAGACUAGGGGUAUGGUGACAAUGUGAUCUG